GUACAUCCAGCUCCCUAUUCCACCUCUCGGCUCCCCUGCUGGGUGUUGGGAGGUGUGUGUUGCCCUAUCUGCCAGCCCAGCAGUCCCUCUCUUUCAGCUCAGCCUGGGGGCAGCAAGGCAGAGGUGGCCCUGUCAUGGUACCUUGCCCAGGAAGCAUGGGUUGGGGUCUACUGCUUUAACUGGCUUGGUUGGCAAAUAGAAAUCCUCUUGGCUACCUGCAAAGCUCCCCAGUGCUUCUCCAGCUCUCGGAGGCAGAGCUUUGAUGAAUACAUAACUUCUGUACCUGUUGUUGUCCUUGUAGGUGCGUGGAGGGCAGCGACAGAAGAAUGGGGCACAGAGGACUGGAAUGAAGAUCUGUCAGAGACAAAGAUCUUCACUGCCUCCAACGUGUCUUCAGUGCCUCUGCCUGCUGAGAAUGUGACAAUCACAGCUGGACAAAGGAUCGAUCUUGCAGUCCUGCUAGGAAAGACACCGUCUUCUAUGGAGAACGAGUCAACGAACCUGGAGUCAUCCCAGACUCCUUCUCUGGCCCAGCCACUGGUGUUCAGCAAUUCCAAGCAGACCGCUCUGUCUCAGCCUGCCUCUGGAAACUCCUUCUCUCACCACAGCAUGGUGAGCAUGCUGGGGAAAGGGUUUGGAGAUGUCGGGGAGGCCAAAGGCAGCAGUACCACAGGGUCUCAGUUUCUGGAGCAGUUCAAGACAGCCCAGGCGUUGGCUCAGCUGGCAGCUCAGCACACCCAGCCUGCUGGGAGCACCACUGCUGCUUCCUGGGACAUGGGAUCCACCACGCAGACCUCGUCUCUGGUGCAGUACGAUCUCAAGAACCCAACAGAUUCUUCCGUGCAUAGUCCCUUCACUAAGCGACAGGCCUUCACGUCAACCUCGACCAUGAUAGAAGUGUUUAUGCAGGAGAAACAGCCUGUGGUGACGGCCUCCACAACCACACCGGCACCCCCAUCCUCCCCGCUGCCCAGCAAAACCAAUCCCGUGCCCCAGAUGUCCCCAGGGUCCUCGGAUAACCAGUCCUCAAGUCCCCAGCCAGCACAGCAGAAGCUGAAGCAGCAGAAGAAAAAAGCAUCAUUAACAUCAAAGAUUCCUGCACUUGCGGUGGAAAUGCCUGGCUCGGCGGAUAUCUCAGGGCUAAACCUGCAGUUUGGGGCGUUGCAGUUUGGUUCAGAGCCUGUUCUCGCUGAGUACGAGUCGACGCCCACAACCAGCGCUGCCGUUAGCCAGUCUCAGAGCAGCCUGUACACCAGCACGGCCAGUGAAUCUUCAUCCACGAUUUCAUCCAAUCAAAGCCAGGAGUCUGGUUACCAGAGCGGCACAAUACAGACAGCAACAUUUACCUCCCAGAACAGCGCUCAGGGACCACUGUAUGAACAGAGAUCCACCCAGACGAGGCGAUACCCAAAUUCCAUCUCCUCCUCGCCCCAAAAAGAUCUGACCCAGGCUAAGAAUGGUUUCGGUUCUGUACAGCCCACGCCGUUACAAACCACACAGGCCGUUGAAGGUGCUACAGGCCCCGCAGUGAAAUCCGAUUCCCCCUCUGCUCCCAGUAUCACACCUCUCAGUGACGGGGUGUCUGCAUCGUCCUUGCUGACAACAGCCAGCCAACACUCGACAGCUCUGAGCAGCCUGAGCCACAGCGAGGAGCUCCCCAGUACAACCACUGCCCAGCUCAGCAGUGCGUUGCCCACCCAGCAGAACAGUCUGUCCUCAUCCACAUCCUCUGGGCGAACAUCAACUUCAACUCUCCUGCACACGAGUGUGGAGAGUGAAGCGAGCCUCCAUUCUUCUGCUAGCACUUUCUCCACCUCCUCCAGCACGGUGUCGGCCGCGCCGCCGGUGGUCAGUGUUUCAUCCAGCCUCAGCAGCGUCAGCAGCCUGGGCCUCAGCCUCAGCAGCAACUCCACGGUGACAGCCUCCACUCGAAGCUCCGUUGCAACAACAUCAGGAAAAGCCCCUCCUAAUCUCCCUCCUGGAGUCCCACCGUUGUUGCCUAAUCCAUACAUCAUGGCUCCAGGGUUGCUACAUGCCUAUCCACCACAGGUGUACGGAUACGAUGACUUGCAAAUGCUCCAGACGAGAUUCCCAUUGGAUUACUACAGCAUCCCAUUCCCCACACCCACCACCCCGCUGACUGGAAGAGAUGGCAGCCUGAGCAGCAAUCCAUACUCUGGUGACUUAACAAAAUUUGGCCGAGGAGAUGCCUCUUCUCCUGCUCCUGCAACAACUCUGGCACAGCCUCAGCAGAGCCAGACCCAGACCCAUCACACCACGCAGCAGACGUUCCUGAACCCGGCGCUGCCUCCUGGCUACAGUUACACCAGUCUGCCGUACUACACAGGGGUACCAGGGCUCCCAAGCACCUUCCAGUAUGGGCCCGCUGUGUUCCCUGUUGCUCCUACCUCUUCCAAGCAGCAUGGUGUGAAUGUCAGCGUCAACGCAUCAGCGACCCCUUUCCAACAGCCCAGUGGCUACGGCUCUCAUGGGUACAGCGCCGGUGUAUCCGUGACAUCCAGUAAUACAGGCGUGCCGGACAUCUCGGGCUCUGUCUACUCCAAAACUCAGCAAUCCUUCGAGAAGCAGGGAUUUCACACUGGAACCCCGGCAGCCUCCUUCAACCUGCCUUCGGCACUGGGCAGUGGUGGCCCCAUCAACCCUGCAACGGCGGCGGCGUAUCCCCCCACCCCCUUCAUGCACAUCCUGACCCCGCAUCAGCAGCCCCACUCGCAGAUCCUCCACCACCACCUGCAGCAGGACGGGCAGCUUCCAUAUUUGCAGAUGAUACUGUGCUGCCAACGCCAGCAGGAAGAUCAGAGUGGCUCCGGGCAGCGCAGCCAAGGCAGCUCCAUCCCCCAGAAAUCCCAGGCCAACAAAUCCGCCUACAACAGCUACAGCUGGGGUGCCAACUGAGGCCGGGCCCCCCCACCACCACUUUGCUUCCGGAAGAGAAUCCCAGCUACCCCGAUGAUGCUGAAGGAUCCCAGGGAGGAGAGAGCCCUGUGGUGGGGAGCGCCCAGGCCCCCAACCCCGGCAGGGCCCCGCAGGGCAGGCCGCAGGCGCCUCUGCGUUGUCUGUCUUCAGCCACUUUCCUGUUGUAUGUAAUAUAGAAUUUGUAUUUUUUCUUUUUUUUUUUUUUUCCUUUUUUUUCUCUCUGCAUUCAGAUCUGAACCGUUUGCCGUAGGGGCCUGUUUUGGUUUUUACUCCUUUCUGUCCCCUCUCCCCUCCUGCUGCCCCAGAACCUCUCAGAUUCAAAGGAGUGGAAGCUGCAAGUCGCCUACAGCAAACCCCCUUAUUAUUAGGAAUAAGACCAGUAAUUGAUAUGAGCAGCAUUGUAAGAUUAAUUAGUUGAAGUGUUUUUUUUGUACCGUGUUCUAAAUUUAAUGGAUAAAUGUGUCUUGUAUAUAAAAACAAAAACCCCAUGCCGUCCUCUAGUUCUCUCAUUUCCUCCCCCCUCCACUGCUGUCUGACAGAGGCCCCCCCCCCCCCCUAUUUUACAUUCUCCAUCUGCGUGCCCCCCCCUCCUCACAGGCCCUGAGUGCAGGUCCUGCUCCCCUUGCACGCUGUAAGUAUCUUCUGCUUUUGGGUUGGGUUUUUUUUCUUUUUUUUUUUUUUUUCUAUGCAGUCCAGACCUUGUAUUUUUCGGUUCCACCUGGUCCCUUCAGCUGCAGUCCCAAGCAGGGAUUUACUGAAGAGAAUAAAGAUCACAAAGUGAUGUGUGUAUUUUUUCCA